CAGCGAGAGUCACAGCGGCCGCGGCCAUCUACCUUGCCUUAACGGAUGGUCUCAGUCAAGUCACUGGCCUCGUUUGCAGCCUCGAGGAGAUAAAUGUCACUCAUGAAGAAUGCCAACCAUACCCAAAGAAUGUGGAAGUUCAAUUAAACAUUGAAUGGAACGACUCACAAGAUUAAGUUGAUGGAGCAUGCCGCAUUACGCGUUUCCACGGCACGUUGCUUGGGUAGGCUGUAGCUGCAGGGAAAACCUCUUAUCUCAGAACUCGCCUUCACGUACAUCGUCUCUGGCAGCUCUACCAAAUCUAUUUUGCUCCAAGUUCAGUAGGGCAUUAAGGCCUCUCGAAUAUGACGCAGCAUCAGGCAGCAUCACUUUCACUCGUCCUAUCUACGCUGGUAACGUCAUCUCCACAGUCUUGGUGCGUUCCCCAAGCUCUUCACUAUGCACACUGCGCAUUUAUGGCUGCGGAGUAGGACAUGCAGCGGACAUCGAAAUCGAACCCUCGAUCCUGUUGAGGGUUCUGAUAAGUACAGCCACGGAACAUAUUAACACCAUCUGAUCGAUCUGAUUCAAUCAAUAGGCGUUGCUGGCCACAUUGUUUCUCAGGGGCGAGCCCUAGCCCUCUCAAUCUACCUGUAUCCACUUUGUGUUUUUUUUGGUGGAAAACGCCUAAACACGGUUGUUUCUGGUGGUUCCUUCG